GAAAAUUCCCCAGUUUGAGCCAGUAUUCGAAGCUGGGUCACAGCGGUGAGAAGCCGACGAGCUAACACACUUCGCCACCCGUGUUUCCUACGUACAAACAAAAACUUGUUAAAGAGGUUCUAACGACGUGCAAUAUAUAGUCUCAAAACAAGAACUGAGAAAGGGGCAGUGAAGUGCUUUGUGAUACGGAGAUUCGUAAAGAAAUAUGUUUUUGUCCGAAAAAAAUGUCGCGAAAAAUGUCCCCAAAAACUGCGACUUCGUUUGACCCAUGGAAGUGGAGGGAGAUCUGGGAACGAAGACGCCAAAUCCAACAUGGCGCCCGUGUUGACGUUCUACCUUCGAAAGAACUGUGUAAAUUGUCGGGUGGUUUGGCUCUACAUGGUUAAGUACAAGUUGACGUUUACAACAGUAGAUAUCGAGACAAACAGACCACCUGGCUUCUCAUCUUUAAGUCCCAAUGGGAUGGUGCCACUUAUACUUGACGAUGAAACCACUGUCCAAGGAAGUCUUGCUAUAGUUCUCUAUCUUGGUGAAAAAUACACAAGUAAUGCAGGACUAGGAUUGACUCUUGAGCAAAGAGCAAAAAUUGACUCGGUGAUGUGCUGGGCUUCUUCAGCAUUGCUCAGGGACUUGGCUCAUAAUUACGUCUACCCAAGUCUUCUCCACGAGGACGACGCCCUGCCUGGAAGUGCCAAUGCCUCACUUGUCGCUUAUGGCAAAGCUGAGGUCCUUUUCCAUCUCAACACACUGGAAAACAACUACUUGUCUAAGAACAAAUUCCUCUGCGGUAAGAAAUCUUGCUUUGCGGACUGUUGGGUAGCAGUCGUGCUAUCUCUACUGGAGCUACUGUCAUUUGACUUUUCGCCCUGGCCGCGAGUGAAGGCAUUGAUGGCUGAAAUACAAGGAAAUGUUGAGUAUAUGGAUGUCAGUCAUGCUCACGAAGAGGAUGUGCGACAAUGCUGUUACGGACUGGCCAGCAGCACUAGUAACCUCAAGAAGGUGUAAACUCAGGCGUGUACACAGGGGGAGGGGUCGGGGUACUCACUCCCCCCUUUGGCCAAAAAGUGGAUAAUCUCUUGAUAGGGAAUCUUCAAAUACUAUGCUUUCCAUGAGUGUGCACCCCCCUCUCAGCCAAUACUUGGUACCACCUGAAUGAAUAAGAACGUUUUCCCGUAAGCGAAGUUUGAGAUGCUAAUGAGCUUUCAGGGAUCACGAUAUGAAAAUGAGUAGAUGAGCGUGAUCAGGAUUGCAGAUUGAUAUUUGGCUGAGAUUUAUCGAUUUAAAACUUCCAGGUUAUUCAGUAAAAUGAACAAAUACUUCUUUGACUUCUUGAAAUACUUUUCGUGGUUGCCCAUAAACGCUUUGAUGACGCGUUUGAAUUCGAAAUGCGCUGUGAAGUGCGAAUAGAAAUAUUAUUUGUUUUGUCGCUGAAAACGCGGCCAAUUUGAAAGUAUCGAAGCUCACGAAAAAUCACUUGAGCUAUGAAGCCUACGAUUUUUUCACUUGAAUUGACUGUUGUUUAACCCGGACAUGACAGAAUGCAAGAAACUGCUGAACAGAUCUUAGAGAGCUAUUUUAACGGCAGAUAUAGUCGGGCGAUUUUAAGUCCUUUGCCAAAAAACACGUAGCCAAAUUUGUCAACUGGGGCAUUGCAUGUGCAGUAUGGCUUUUGUAGAGACCCUAAUAAAUCAGUUCAAAUGUGUUGACAAAAUGAAUUAUGUUUGUAAUGGAAAUAUACGAGUACAUGUGCAAGCAAACCGUGAAAUAAUUGAUUAAAUAAAAAAAGUUGUAAAAAAAGUUGUAAUGAAUAGACGAGUAGUAAUGAAUAGAUAUGCAGUUAUGAACAGUAAAAAUAACACAUAAAUUGACCAUGUGGUUUGUUAGGGGGAGGGGACUCCUAUAAAAACAGACAGGUCAGCACUUUGUAAUCAACAGCAAUGAUAUAAAAACAAUGGUUCCCAAAA